AUGGAUUAUGAAGGAAAGGAUGAUAAUAAUGAAAAUGGAAUGAACUUAGAGGAAUAAGAUUAAGACAGAGAGUAAGAUGAUGAUAAUAAUUUCGUAGAAGAAAGUCAUAUUCAUAUAGACUUUACAGAUGAUCUUAAAAUUGGAAGUGCCAACAACUCGAAUCAGCUAACUAUUGUAGAGCAGUAAACUAGCAGCGAUCUUAAUCAAAGUAUCGAGGGAACGGAGCUUACUAUGAAUUAAUCUAGCAGCUUUUCAAACCUUAGUGAUUUUAAUCCAUACAAGGUAUAGAGUGUAAGAAGCACUUCAAAUCGUGGCCGUUAUAAGAAUGUAUUCAAGAUAUAUCAAGGCUAAAACAGCUCUUCAUACAAUUCAGUUGCAAAAUCCUUAUAAACACCAGCAAGAUGCUCAAAUCCAAUAGGAUAUAAUGGAAAUUUAGGACAUAAUGCCAAACUUUUAAAGCAUACUAUGGAAAGGCAUAAGUACCUGACUCAAGAAGAGCAAGAUUUCUAUGAAAAUGUAGGUGGAUUUCUAGGGAAUGGGACAAUUGAUGAUUUCGAUUUCUCUUGUCAAAAUAAGCGAGAAUUGGUUGUGAGAGUAAAGCAAGCUUGUGAAAAGCAUGGAUUUCCAGUCCGAUUGGGAUAGGUGAGAACUGAGAAUCCAUAGAAAAUUGCAUUUCAAUUUAUAUGCAGCUUCAGGCUUCCAAGAAUGAAAAGAAACAUACUAUAGAAGAAUAAUUGCACAUUUUAUGUGAGGUACAAGUAGAAUCCAAACUCACUUUAUUUUACAUUAACUGAUUACGAUGAAGUUCACAAUCAUCCAGUGAGAGAUAUACUUCAAUUCUACAUAUCAAGAUACUAAUUCAGGUUGCCAAACUAUAGAUAUGGAAAUUAUCAAGUUUGA